AUCCCCACUCCCGUGAUGCUCUAUUCUGGCAUCCACGUUUUUUGGAAAUGGCUGCUGUUGGCGGUUGGGGUAUAAGGAUAUGUAAAACCGACUGGCUGCCCACCUUGCAGCUUAUCCGUCAUGGCUCCAAAUCUGUCACACGUCACUGGAAACCGAUGCAUAUUAUGAGACAAAAGCUGAUGGCAGUGACUGAGUACAUCCCACCAAAACCUCUGACUUCAGAGACCUGUAUGAAACCCCAUGUCAUUCUUCCUAAAGAAGAGACUGGCUAUGAAAGACUAUUAUUGCGUCAAGUGAAACAAAUAUUUCUUGAGAAUAAAAUGAUUGUUGUGUGCCAAUACAAUUAUAUUCCUGGAAAUGAUAUGGUAUUAUUCAGGCAUCGGCUGCGAAAAUACGAUGUCCAUGUUAAAUUUUUUCCCAAUAAGAUCAUGAUUCCCUUUCUUUUGGAAUCGAAAUACAAGAAUCUCCUCCCUCUUUUUGUGGAACGCAACCUUCUACUUGUCAGUAUGGAAACAAAGGCUCGAGAAACACUUCAAAUCCUGAAGCGUGUGCCACAGAUUAAUAUGUUAGGAGCUUGCAUCGAUAAUGUCAUCCUAAGCAAACAAGGCUUUGUAAAUUAUGCUAAGCUGCCAUCUAUAGUAACUGCCCAGGGAGAAACUGCAGGUGUAUUCUCACUCAUGACAUCUCACACUAGCAGACUUCUGCAGCGUGGUUCUGUUCAUCUCAGUUCGUUGCUGGACCAAUAUGUUCAACAGGAAAAUGAAAAAGUUGAAGAAAAGCAGAUAGGAACAUCAGCUAAACUGCGAGCAAUUUAAUUCUUCAGUGUAAAAUUGUCAUUUUUUUUGUUGCAUGCCAUGGGUUAGUGGGAGGGGUUAAUUAGUAUGAUUGACCACGUGGAGAAAAAUGCUGCAGAACAAGACUAUAAACAAGGAAUCUUAUUAACUAUUUGCUUAUUUAAUACUACAUGUUUAUAAAAUUUUAUUGUAUGUGGAGGACCAUAGGUGUUAUUUAAAUCACAUAUGUUCAGGUGCGGUACAUAGUUUAAAUAUGAAUACAAUUUUAUUAAUUUGCAUAAUUUCUGGUUUAGGUUGGGCAAGAAACAAUCUUUAAUAGGAACUUAUGUAUUUAUUUUAGACUGUUUAUAUAUCAUAACUUAUCAAAAUAGAUUGGUUGAUAAAGUUAAGUUUUAAGAACUUGGAUUAACAACAAAAUAAAAAUGAACUUCCAAGAGAUCCAAAAUGAAACCAUAUUGAAACCAUGUAAAAAACAACAAACUAUUUACUCUGGCACCAAACAG